AUGGAGCAACAGAAGGAAGGGACAAGGCCAGAAGGGAACAAUCUGUCCCUGCCAUCACCUGGGACUGAGCCCUUCUCAACCCUGCCAUCUUCUCUCCUGGGCACUCCAGAUCCAGCCCACCUGGGGCUCCCCGAGAACGUGGCCUCUGUCACAGUCCCCAUUCGCCUGGACGCCCUCUCCUACCUCCUGCACAGCGCCCUGCUGGGGGCCUAUACCCUGCAGCAGUCCCUGCCCACCUGCCCCUGCCACCCGCAGGCUUGCGGCGCCCAGCCAGGCACCGCCAGGAGGCCAUUCAGGGGGCGUGGGGGCUGGGAUGUCCCUCGAAGACCAGGCUGGGGCUGGGGCCAGCAGCGUCGGGGACCUGGGAGGUCUGGGCAGCCAAAGAGGGUCUGGGCAGGGGACACUGAGGCUGGACCCAGAACCCCACCUGUGACGCCCUCAUCACCACCAGCACCACCACCUACCCAGGAUCAGAAGAAGGAAGCCCAAGGUCCGGAGCCACCACUGGCCACACCGCCUGCCACUGAGGACUGGGACACUGAAUACUAG